GUGGAUGGCUUAAGGAGUGCGAGGAUGCAUUGGUGAAUGACAUUAGUAACCUGGAGUGUGAGCUUCGUCAGCUUCAGACUCUUGAGAGCGAGAGCAUCAGAAGGUUGGAGUUGGGUGAGAACCAAGGGCAGAGUUUAUUUGAGCUUCGAAGUGUGGCGUUGGUGGAUGUAUCAGAUGGGUCUGCGGUGACAGGCUUGGAUCGUGAGCCUCCAUGCAGUGGUGAAGGCCCAAAGGACGAGGGUGACGCGCCACCACUUCAAACUCGAAUAAUUUCUGCAGAUCAGGUGCGGAGAGAGCCUGACAAGUGGCGGGGCCCAAUUACCGAAGAGUACGAAUCUCUUGUGAAAAAGACUGAAGCUGUUGAAGAGCUUACGGAAGCACAAUACCAAGCCUUGCUGGAGGAUCCUGAGGUAGCGGUGGAAUUAAUUCCGGGCAAGCUUGUAUACGUGCAUAAAACGUCAGGGCGGCGAAAAGCAAGGAUAGUCGGUUGCGGCAAUUAUUGUGUGCAAAGCGGUAGCGGCCCACGCAGUGAGCUCUAUGCGAGCGGAGCGGGCGCGGAAUCCUUGCGGAUGACCGUGAGGCGAGCCGCUCUCGAUCCCACGUGGAGUUUGGCAUCCGUGGAUGUAAAAACCGCGUUUCUACAAGCGCCUCUUCUAGACCUGCAACGGGGAGGCAAGCAGCUGAUUACCAUUGUACGGGCGAUCCCUGGAACUGAGUCUGUCCCCGCGGUGAAGGCUUACGAAGUUCCAGAGCCAACUGGUGAUACAGAUUUGCUGUCUACAACGCGGAAGGCUCAAGCUGUUAUCGGACAAGUCUUGUGGUUAUCGAACCGCACGCGCCCUGAUCUAGCGUAUGCAGUAAACAUGGCCGCCCAGAAAAUUGUGGCGAAUCCGUUGGAAGCCUUGGCCAGAGCAGAACAUAUCAUCCGCUAUAUUCGUCAUUCACCAGGUGUCGGGUUGCACUACAAGCCUGCCAGGUUGGGAUGCGGUAGGUGGGACCAACUCAAGUACGAGGAACAUCCCGCUAGCAUUGAUGCGUUUUCAGAUGCGUCAUUCGCUGCAGAUGAGCAAUGCCGAAGCUUUGGGAGCAUUCAGUUGUUCUGGGCAGGGGCCAUGAUUGCUUGGUCGGCAAACAGGCAGACGCUCAUAGCUUCCCACACUGCAGAGUGUGAGCUUUACUCGUUGGCAGAGGCUCAUCUUCUGGGCAAGGCGCUUAGACCUACGAUUGCAUCACUGAUGGAUGUUUCUGAGCGAGAAAUCGAGAGUCGGCUGUAUUGUGACAACGCGGCCGCGAUUCAGCUUUGUGUGCUGGAAUCGGGAUCGAAUCCUGUGCCUGUCGAAUCCAAGAAAACGGUUGUGAAAGUCAGCUGUGCAGAGGAUGGAGUUCAGACUGAGGACUCGAGCUUCAGGGAUGGUUUAGAACCGGGGGAGCAUGGCGAUCCCUUUCCAGUGCAAUCUGAAGGAAAUGCUCCAGCACUCGAUGACUCCAGGGCACUGCAAAUGGUGUAUGACAUGAUCUAUCAGGAACAGCUUCGAAUCCAUGAGUUGUCCGACCGGGCUGUGCAGCUGAGGACAAUUGGUGGACUGAGUAUGCGUGGUGGUGAUGUCCCUGAAGACUUUCUUCAGCGUGUAGCGGUGCCAACUGUGUAUGUAGAUGAUCCUGUGCCUCUGGGAAGGGCACCAGACCAAGAUGACAAUGAUAGUGUCGUGAGUUCUGAAACGGAGGAAGAGCACUCUUCUGUCGGGGAGUGGAGCACGGACUCAGGUGAUAGUGAUGGCUCAUGGGAGCUGUUUCUGCUGCUUGGCCUGGAGAUUAGUGACUCGGCUUCCUUGGACACUGCGACUCCUAGACAGGGUGGUAGCAGAAGUGAG